AUAGUUCAUAUGAGAUAUUAUUAAUUGCUAUAAUGUCAUCCUCCUUACCUUUUUCUUCAAGAAACGGAUUAUCAGUAAGCUUUGAGAGUUCUACCAGUAAAUUUCUUAAUAUUGAACUCAGUGGCAAUAAUAUAGUAUAUCAAUCAAUUAGUAAUUCUGUUUCCUUCUUUUCCUGGCAUGGUAUUCAACAUUUACAAAGUCAGACAAAGAUUUAG